AUGCAGUUAAAAGUCGCCACAAUCUUUGCCGGUCUCAGCGCGACUACCAUAGCUAUAUCUCUUCCUACACAGGACAAUGUGCUCUAUCCACCAUUCUGCAGCGAUAUCGACCUUUCGCACCCACAUUUAAAUGCAUCUGAGCCGAUAAACUGCAUCGAGCGAUUUGGUUCUGUGAAGUCCCAAAGCAGUCCACCAUUCGAAUUGUGGAAAGCCUCAAAUCACACCAGAAUUUCGGGAGAGUCCAAGGGCUCCAUUAUCUGUCUCAUCGGCGAAGAUCAAGACACUCCGAGACACACCAAUGAAACCACAAAUAGCAUUCGGAGCCGCUUUCCAAAGAAAGGAAGCAAGCAAUCCUGCAGGACACCAGCACCCUACCGCUCCGACUUCCUCCCCGGCUCCAACAAUAACCAACGCAAAUGGUGCUUCCGCGAAGGUCCCAUACCAACCCCAAAAGAUCUCAGCGCCCUGUCCAUGCUCGCUCGCGACAAAUUCGACGACACCUGGAAGUUCCGCCGCAUCUGGCAAAUCCAGCGCACCAAAUGGGCCAACAAGCAAGUCAUGAGCAAAAGCGACAGCGACAACGACGGCACUUGUUUCUGCACCAUGCUUCGCGUACGAACUGCUGGGUUGAAAAUUUGUAAUUGCGAUAGAUGUGAUGCCAUGGUUCUGAAUAUGGGGAUGCAUGAUCUUGUUGGGACACUGCAGCAUGAAUGUAUGAAUGAGGGAUUUGCGAGUGGAUAUGUGAAGAUGAGGGAUCCGAAUGGAUUGUUUGUGGUGCAUGGGUUUCCGGGGAAGGAGGGCAUGGUCAACGAGCCGGUUGAGCUGGAUCCGGUACUUAAUGCUCCUGGCGUCCUGACUGGGACUUGUAUCAGCAAUAAUGAGUUCAGGAGGAAGCAGGAUGAUACUUAUAAGGUGCUGGAGUGCAAGUGGAAGGAUUGGUAUGCUGGGAGAUGUGCUACGAGGGUGAAGUACGGUGCCAAUGGCAAGAUUACUAUCGAGCACUAG